GGAGCGAACAUAAACGCCGUGAUGAGCGAGUGGCAACUCAAGCUCUGCUAUAAAUCAGCAGCUUGGGAGGAAACAUGACGUGGUGACACAUCUCCGGGACUGACGUCACCGUCCUCGUCUCCAAGCAACCUCUCCAUCCGCACCCGCGUCACCGCGCGCCAAGCCGCACGGUUGCCCAGCAACUUCGGCUUUGCGCUCGCGCCCGGCCUUGCGCCCCACUCGAAGCUCUGACGCGAGUGUGACGUUAUUGAAAUGUUAUCAAUUUGUAAUGGGAGGAGGAGAGGAGGAGUUUCCCCAUGAACACUGUGGAUGUCCGCAUUCCAUAGGAGCGCACAUGCAGACAGAGCAGGACAGUGCAGGAGCCGAUUAUAUGACCGGCCAAGUCACCCUGUAAAUAGUUCUUACUGAAUGACUUGUAGCGACCUGCCUAUGACAACCGAUUGAAAUGAGAGAGGUGUACGGACAUAAAAAACGAUAGCCAACUACACACAAUUUGAAUCCUAUCCUUUGGAAUACAUUGAUCAGUGUGGCAUCAUGGUGAUCGUAACGGAGAGAAGCCCGGGGUCCCAGCCCAACCAGUUUCAUGGAAGGCCUCUACAGGUCGGCUUCUACGAGAUCAUCCGCACGCUGGGGAAAGGAAACUUCGCGGUGGUAAAACUGGCAAGGCACAAAGUCACCAAAACACAGGUGGCCAUAAAGAUCAUUGACAAGACCAGACUGAACCCAUCCAAUCUAGAGAAGAUCUACAGAGAGGUCCAGAUCAUGAAGCUGCUGAACCACCCCCAUAUCAUCAAACUCUACCAGGUUAUGGAGACUAAAGAUAUGCUGUAUAUUGUGACAGAAUACGCCAAAAAUGGAGAGAUGUUCGACUACUUGACCUCAAACGGGCGCAUGAGCGAGGAUGAGGCACGGAAGAAGUUCUGGCAGAUCCUGAUGGCGGUGGACUACUGCCACAGGCACCACAUCGUUCACCGUGACCUCAAGACUGAGAACCUGCUGCUGGACACCAAUAUGAACAUCAAACUGGCCGACUUUGGAUUUGGAAACUUCUACAACUCAGGCGAGCCCCUGUCUACGUGGUGCGGCAGCCCCCCCUAUGCAGCACCCGAGGUGUUUGAGGGGAAGGAGUACGAAGGGCCACAGCUGGAUAUCUGGAGUUUGGGUGUGGUUCUGUACGUUCUCGUGUGUGGAUCCCUUCCGUUCGACGGGCCCAGCCUCCCCGCCCUCAGACAGAGAGUCACAGAGGGGCGCUUCAGAAUCCCCUACUUCAUGUCUCAAGACUGUGAGAACCUGAUCCGUAGGAUGCUGGUGGUGGACCCAACCAAGAGGAUCAGCGUGGCCCAGAUCAAGCAGCACCGCUGGAUGCUGGCUGACCCCACAGCUCCUAACCAGACCCUCAGUAUGUCACUGCCCCUCACAGACUACAACUCCAACCUGGGGGACUACAGCGAGCCCGUCCUGGGCAUCAUGCAAACCCUGGGCAUUGACCGCCAGAAGACCAUCGAGUCUCUGCUGAGCAGCAGCUAUAACCACUUCUCAGCCAUCUACUACCUGUUGUUGGAGAGGGACAGAGAGCACCGGGCCUUGCAGCCCAGUCGCCAGUGUGGACCCUGGACCCAGAAACCCAGGAACACCUCCGACUGCGGUACCCCAGAGGUCAUCAUGGAGGACAGCUUCAGAACUUCAGCCUACCCCAUUCAGUGCAAGACCACCCCCCCCAUGCAACCGGAGAUGGAAUAUGACCAUGGUGCAUUGUUCCAGCGUGUGGCGUUCCCGGUGGAAGCCAGUCUGAACCGACUGCUGUGUAACCGCUCCAUCUCCCCAAACAGCCUGCUGGAGACCAGCAUCAGUGAGGAGGUGUGGCCCCGUGACUUGGAGGAGGUCACACACACCUGCUCACCGCUCGUCCUGCCCACCACCACCUCCCGGCGACACACCCUGGCCGAGGUCUCCCCUCACUUCUACCAAUGCAACCCCCCCUGCAUCGUGGUCAGCCUCUCCGAUGGUGCAUCGUCUGACAGCUGUCUGAAGUCCUUGUCCACCCCCAACCCUGCCCUGCACCCUCCUGUGGGGGGCCUGUCAGCCAUGUCAGCCUCUGGGACUGGCCCCAGGGCGCUGGUCUCUGCUGGUACCCAGCUGUCCCUCUCCUCUCAUCUCCUCCCCCAGGCCCAAGCUUCCAACUUCCAGGAGGGCCGCAGAGCCUCUGACACCUCCCUAACACAAGGUCUGAAAGCCUUCCGCCAACAGCUGAGGAAGAACACGCGCACUAAGGGUCUUCUGGGUCUGAAUAAGAUCAAUGGUCUGGCGAGGCAGGUCUGCACUCUGACCUCCGACCACAGUAGCCGUGGCAGCCGAGGGUCAAUAGGCCCCACCAUCAAUGAGCACCGCAGCAUGCUGGAGGAGGUUCUGCAACAGCAAAGAAUGCUCCAGAUCCAGCACCAGCCCCAGGCCCCUCAGUCAGCAUCUACCCAGAACCCUCUGCUCUUCCUGUCCCAGCAGCAGCCACCCUCCCCCACAUCCGUUCACGCCACCUCAACCCUGUUUGACACCUCUGCCUCCUCCCUCCCCCAGGGGGAACAUCAACACCCCCUUUCCCCACACCAGAGUCUCCUGGCCCUCCAGCACGCCUUCUGGCAGCAGCCUUUGGAGUCAUCUUCCUCCUCCUAUGGCUCCUCUUCCUCCUGCUCCUCAUCAUCAUCCUCCUCUACCUUCCUCUCCCCUGUGGCCUCCGCUGCUUACCUCCUCGAGGCUCGCCUGCACAUCAGCCAGCAACCCAGCCUCCAUCCCCAGACCAACCUACACUACCAACCCCAGGCCCAGAGCCAGGCCUUCACCCAGGGCCCCUUACCCCUCAUGGCCAGGCAGGGGAUGUGGACUCUGGAUUCAGCCUCCGGGAGAGAGUCAGAGAUGCAGGAGCUGAGCCUGGGUGGGCAGCAGAGUAGCUGUGUGAUGGUGAAGUAAUGGAGAGAAAGAAAGGAGAAACAGGAAACAACAAAUUCCUACUAGACCAGAGUACUUGUUCUUUAUGGCAACCAGAGUAAAAUAUGUCAUGGUGAUGUCAUCACUGAUGGACAGGAAUGGUGAGCACUUUUUGACAGUGGGAACAGAACUUUGAGCUAUGGAGUUGCUCACAGAUCAUCAUAUGAUGAGAAGAUGAUAGGACAAUUUGUUUUGUCGUCCUAAGUGUGAAAAGAGAACUAUUGGGGAGAACUCUAUGAAAAACUGAGCAUAGAGUGGACAGAUAAAAAAGAAAUGAUGCAAGUGACAAAUCUAAAUUCUCUUGAACAACAUGCAAACACUCACAUCUAGGUGUGUGUGUAUCUGUGUGUGAUCACAUAAGCUGGCAAUUAAGCAAUAACAAAACUCUGGAGAGGUGACUCUGAGUUCUUGUCGGAUCCCCAGAGAAGCAAUAAAGGUCUGGGACGACCUCAACGCAACAGGGAACCCCUGUACCUGUCCUUUCUCGAUAAUAGGGACCCCAACACACCCAUCUCCUUUUCUGGAGGGAUGUGUGAAGGACUAAUCUUGAAAGGACAAUGAGGAGUGGGAUCAAUGUACCAUCGAGGUAAUGUAAGACCUAUUUCAAAAAACAUUUUCUUCCAUCUUUUUGUUUGUUUGAAACAGGAGGAUCUAGUCUUCCUUUUUAUUACAUUUCAUUGUUUUUUACUUUAUUUUUUAAAACUUUAUUUGCCUUUUGGAGAAUACAUUACUUUGUGGCAAUCCUACAAGCAUGCAGCAUCAGAACAAUUUUAAUCUUCCAAACUUUCUUUGAACACAAUGUUAUAGUGAUUUGACAAACUGUGAUUUGUUUGUGCAAGAUUCUAGCUGAGCUAAUGCUGCUUUUACCUCAGAAGAUAAAAACCUGGUAUAUCUUGAUCAGCCAAAACGGAAUAAAAAAUGUACUUGCUGAGUGUCUAAAGCACAAUAGGUAUUGCUAUUAGCAAGCUGUGUGUGUGUGUGUGUGUGUGUGUGUGUGUGUGUGUGUGUGUGUGUGUGUGUGUGUGUGUGUGUGUGUGUGUGUGUGUGUGUGUGUGUGUGUGUGUGUGUGUGUGUGUGUGUUUGCCUUACAAAAAGGUUGAUUUCAAUUCAUAAUUUAUACCUAUAUAUGGUUCCUUUCUAAUCAUAUUCCCUCUGUUGUUAUGUCCUUUUGGUGAGGAAUCCUCAAUCAUGCUAUCCUGCUGUUUUAUCACUACCUUCUCAGGUAACCGAGUCCCAAAAAUGUGGAAACAUUGUCUAAACUUAAGAUCCUGAAGACCUACAGUAUGAGCAUGAUGUUAUUCCCUAUCAGAGGAAAACAAGACUUUAACCACUUUACUUUUCACUUGAUGUAUAGGCUGUGUGUAGGCUAUAUGCUGUACUGCUUUCACAUAGCCAGAACAAAGACUUUGGGACUAUAGUGCAAUAUUUCACAUUGAAAUGCAGAGGAAAUGAGAAAUGAAGAGCUGACAGGAUCGUACAUUACUUGGCAUUUAUUUGAUUUCUUUGUUUUUAUUAGCACAUUUUUGUAUGAUUGUAAGAGGUUUUAAAACCUUUGGAGGGUGCUAGCUGAGUAGAUCAGGUACCUGAACGCUUCUGUUUUUGUUGAACAUGAACAUAGAUAUGAAUAGAUGUAAAAGAAAGGACCCAAACCAUUUCAUAGUGCUUUUCCUCUUGACAUCACGGUUGCCUCUGCCAUUGUACAAUGGCAGAUCUAGAGAUGAGCCAAAGAGAGAGCAGAGUAAGAGAAAGAAGCACUGCUUACUUUCCAGCAACUCAAAAUGCUAGCUAGCUAGUGCUUUCAUGGCGUACUCUGUGUGGCUCCUGCUAUGAGCAAGCUGCUUCUGCCACAAUAUGCGAAUGUGUUGAAAAUUCCCCUAGCAGUUGGGUUCCAGGACCAUGGCUGUCUUUGUUUUUGUAAUUUCUAAGAAAAUAAAAUGGAAAACAACUUGUAGCACUACAAUCAUUUUUGCUGCAACGUGAGUUUUUUAAUGAAUUGGCCGUAGGUGGUAGAGGUCGCUAGCUAGAGGUUAAUACAACGUACUUGGGUGUAUGUGUUAGGCCUAUUUAUUUUUAGAGAAUGUGUUUGAAACAACACCAUUUACUUCAGCUGUUUACACCAUGACAGCGGUGAACCUUUGUUAUUUUGGUUAGUUUGACCAUAUCUGUGAAGUGGUCUUCUUUUGAACAACAUGUUGAAGAGGAAAAGUGUUGGAAGCCUGAAGCUUAAAAGUUGUUUGAUCGAUUUCUCUCUGAAAUAAGCAGUGUUAAUAUUUCUAAAUGACGUUAUAUUUUGAUUGAUUACACUCAUCAACAGUGUGCCUUCUUCAGAACAAACCCCCUAUGAUCAGAGACACCCUCUUUUGUCCAAUCAGAUUUGCUACUUUUGCUGUAUUGAAGAAAAAAAUAAGCAUUUCACUUUAAAAUGAAUAUAUCUCAUUUCCGAAAUAUGUUUAGUUUCUCCUGUUGGUUCAGAAAACUCUUCACAAACUUAGUUUGACCAAACUAUUGAAAAACAAAAUAGCCUUUUCGACGCAGAUCAGUAAGAUGUCCUUUUGGUAAAAUGUUGGAUAUGAAGAAAUAUGCGUUAUGAUUUUCCUGAUUUUCUACUUGACUGUGUGUGUGUGUUUGUAUGAAUGUUAUAUGAAAAUAAAGAUUGUUUAUUUGUGUGGCUAAUUUAUUUGAAUAAAACAUGAAUAAACAUAUAA